AUGUUGGCUGGUGCUAUUGGUCAGAUUCCUCAGGCGAAUGUUGGUAACCGGAACGGGGAUGAUGAUGAGUACCUUGCUUUAGGGAGAUUUCAGAGAAACAAUCCUCCUGUCUUUGAGGGUGAACAUGAACCUGAUAAAGCUCAAGCUUGGCUGAAGGCGAUUGAGAAGAUCUUCAGAGUUAUGAACUGUACUGAUGCUCAGAAAGUGCAGUUUGGUACCCAUAUGCUGGAAAAGGAAGCUGAAGAUUGGUGGAACAACACUCUUCAGAGGUUUGAAGAAGAUGGCAUUGAGGAGCUUAUCAAGUAUUGUCCCCACUAUAAUACUGCUAAUGCUGAGAGAUCUAAAUGUUUGAAGUUUGUGAAUGGCUUGAGACAUGACAUCAAGAAGGAUAUUGGUUAUCAACAGAUUACCCAUUUUACUAAAUUGGUUAACAAGAGUCGGAUUUAUGAUGAGGAUAGUAGAGAGAGUGCUUCUCUCUACAAGAGUUUGAAAGGAAAGAAUCAGGAUCGUGGGAAACCAGGUGGUUCGAAUGUGACUUGUUUCAACUGUGGAGAGAAAGGCCAUGUUAGUACAAAAUGUGACAAACCAAAGAAGGAGCAAGCAAAAGGAAAAGUUUUCGCAUUGUCUGGUGCGGAAGCCACUACUGAUGAGAGGCUAAUUCAAGUACUUGGUAGAAAUUGCUUGACAAGAAUCCAUGUUAAACAAUUUCUUGAUCAACAACUCUUCAUCAAAGAUCUUGGAAGACUCGGAUUCUUCCCCAGUCUUGAAAUUGCAAGAUCAGAUGAAGGCAUUAUAAUGAAUUAG